CACAAUUCAACGUGCCUAGCGUGGUUGUUUUAUUCGCUGUAGUAAAUACGGAUUAUAAUGAAAUUAAACCCUUGAUGCAACAAUGAGCAUAUAUCACGACGAAGUGGAAAUCGAAGACUUUGAGUACGACGAAGAGGAGGAAAUGUACUACUACCCUUGCCCUUGUGGUGAUCGAUUUCAGAUCUCCAAGGAAGAGCUCAUUGAAGGCGAGGAGGUGGCCACAUGUCCCAGUUGUUCGCUAAUCAUUAAGGUCAUUUACGAUCCGGAAAUGUUCAAAGCUGAGGAAGACGAAGAAACGGCUCUGAACGAAAAGUUGGGGGACUUGAAGCUGGAAAAGAACUAAAAACAAGUUCUUUGGUGUAAUUAAAUAGUUUUAUUUAUAUAUUUUUAUAUAUAGACUUCGUUUUAGUGUAAAUAAUACGUUGACUAGUAAACAAUGAAAAUAUUCAAGCUCGGCGAAACAAUUCAA